AUGAAAACCCUUACAUGUGUAUGGAGUAUAGUUUUUAAGGGCUUUCCAAUAAGACAAACCUCUGUGUGUUACAAGUUUCGUUUUAAAAAGUUGGUUUUAAACGAAAGAAAAUUUUCAUUGUUAAGUUCUGAGAGAUACAACUCUGAGGACUCUGGCAACUGUUCUGCCUCAUAUCUAAAAAGUGUGAAUUGCAUCCAGUGUUUGUACAGUAGACAGAAACAUUCACAUAAUACAACACUUGCACGAGUCUGUAAUGAUGUCAUAGUUGAGAAAAGACGUGGAUUAUUGAGUAGUAAACAAAGUUUUCACAAGUCGUCAGAGAGUACUAGAAGGACUUAUUGCUGUGAUAUUUAUGUUGGUGAUGAAGAUGAAAUUAAUGGAAUAGAUGAAAACAACAUAGCAGAUGAAGUGAACGUUGUGCUGAAAGAUGAGACGUACGACCGCUGUAUGAAGCAGUUUUGUGGCAUCGGAGACAUUGGCCACAAAGUGUUUGUACUAAAUGUUGCUAAGAAGGGAGGGGCACGGUAUUGGGACUCAGAUUUAUCUCAUGAUGAGAGACAGCUGGCAGAGAACAUUGCGCUGGUCGAGUCCAUACCUGGAUGGUCGGUUGUGGACAAGGUGACAGUGAAGACCAACAGGCAGUUGACUGAUCAAGACUUCCUGUUGCAUCGUGAGUUCUAUGGAGUUUUAUCAAAGUUGAGAAGCAACCCCAGUGUAAGCGCUCUCUUCAUCACCGUGAACGAACUCUCUGCUAAGCAGACAAUAGAACUCCAGGGAAGACUAAACAUGCCAAUAUUUAACAGACCAUUUAUAAUCAUCCAGGCCUGUAAGAGCCAUGCCCUGACCAAGGAGGCAAGAGUCUGUGUGGCCCUGGCAGAACUCCCUCAUAUGCAAUUCCAGUUUUCCAUACAACAGGGACGUUUAGUCAACUACACAGCUGAGCAGUCGUUGUUAAGGCAAAGAGAGAGGAAGUUGAAGGCUAUCCUGGCAGGUCUGAAGAGACAAAGAGAGAAAAUGCGGUCCCAGAAGCAGAGACACAAGAUCCCAACUGUUGCUGUCAUAGGAUACACUAACUCCGGAAAGACAAGCCUGAUUAAGGCAUUGACGGGUGAUACCACUCUGAUGCCCGAGAACCGGCUGUUUGCAACCCUGGAUGUGACGGUACACGCUGGCCAGCUCCCUAACCACCUCCUCGUGCUGUACACAGACACCAUGGGCUUCAUCUCUAACCUCCCGUAUAGGCUCAGGCAGUCAUUCUCUGCCACCCUGGAACACACAUCCGAUGCAGCAGCUGUGGUACAUGUGUGUGAUGCGUGUAACCCAGAUUGUGAGGGACAGAGACAGGAAGUACUACACCAGCUGGCCACAAUACUUUCCCCUGAGCACUUUAAAAACAUCAUACAGGUCUACAACAAGGCUGACAUGCUCCACAGGCUUGACCGUGAUCCAGACACUAAGUAUGUGUCGGCAAUGACGGGGGAGGGCCUGCAAGAUCUACAACAGCAGAUACAGGCACAGGUCAUCUCCACUGCUGGCAUACUCACCAAGAAAAUCAGGCUACCUCUGAAUGGGCCUCACCUUGCGUGGUUGAAGAAAGAGGCGACUUUGGUAUCUACAGAGUUAGACACAAGCCCUGAGAAUCUGCUAGUACAUGUCCACAUCAGCCAGGCAAACUACAGCAGGUUCCUCGCCCAGUUUGGACCUCGCAGGCAAUGAGUCUAGUGAUGGUUUUCACCAGAAAGACAUUCAUCUACAUUCAUGUAGUUAAACUUAGUUCCAUCCUCGCAGUCAACAAGCUUAGUGCUUUACACCAACAGACAUAGUUUAUAACAUACUCGUCUGAGGAUGGUGUUGUAACAAUGACAAUACAUUACUUCCAGUUGAUAUAACCUGAUGGAACAAAGUGAAAGAGAUAAAGUUUUUAAAUGUUAGUGGGGGGUUUCCCAUAUUGACAUCAAGUUACAAGUGAGGCAAUUAAACAUGAGUUUUGUAUUCAUUUUCAAAAUAUUUCAUAAGUGAAGAUUUUAGUUUAAAAAUGAAGUAAUAAAGUCAUUUAAAUACAUUGUAUAGAAAAGAAACAUUGUUUACCGGGUAUUAAAUAGAAAAUUACAAGAUAUGUAAUUGUGUAUUUAUUGAAGUAUAAAUGUUAUAAUUAUA